CUCCUCGGGAAAUGUGCCACGCUCAAUAGGGUCCGUGAUGGCAGUAUGGUGUGUGAAGGUUAACGUUAGCUGAGACGCAAGUACAAUUUAUUAAACUCUAAUUGUUAUUUAACCAGAGUUUAGUGCGUCUGCCAGUGUUUAUACUGCGUUUCAGUAAAUAACGUUGCGUUCUUCCUCAAAGGCCACAGACUCAGAUCUGUUCAGCAGUCAUGGCCGGUCUGUCUAACUAUGCCAUGCGCAUGGCCAGACUGAGCGCACAGAUUUUUGGGGAAGUUGUGCGUCCGACAAACUCCAAAUCUAUGAAGGUGGUUCAGCUGUUCCAGGAGCCUCCAAUGGCCAAGAAGAAGGAGGUGUAUGACUGGUACCCACAGCACAAGGUUUACUUCGCCAUGACCCAGAAGCUCAGGUUCAUGGGGCUGUUCAGAGAUGAGCACCAAGACUUCAAGGAGGAGAUGCGUCGCCUGAGGAAACUGAAAGGAAAAGGGAAACCAAAGAAAGGAGAGGGAAAGAGAGCUGCCAAGAAAAAAUGAGCUGCUUCGACAUUUCUGCUCUGGACCUAUGUUUAUAUGGAGGGAGACAGCAGUAGCAGUGGACUCUGUGGGGUGGGGGGUGGGGGGCUCUGUACCGCUGUCAUCUGCACUGUAUAGAGAAAAGUAUUGGGAUGGGGCUGUUUUUCAGGGGUUCCAAUGAAGGGAAAUCUUAAUGCUUCUGUAUAUGAAGACUUUUUGGACAAUGCUGUGAUUCCAACCGUGGCAACAGUUUGGGGAAGGCCCUUUCCUAUUCCAGCAUGACUAUACCCCAGUGCACAAAGCAAGGUCACUAACGACAUGGUUGGAUAAUUUUGGUGUGGAAAAACAUGACUGAAUUCAACGCAAUCCAACACCUUUGGGAUGAACUGGAACAGAGAUUGUGAGGCAGGCCUUUUCGUCAAACAUUAGUGCCUGACCUCACAAACGCUCUGCCGCAUGAAUGGCCAAAGAAAAAGUCCACAGAUACACUCCGAAAUCUUGUGGAAAGCCUUUCCAGUAGAGCGUGGCCUGUUAUAGCUGCAGAGCUUUCUAUACAUUCAGAAUGCAAUGUCAUUAAAAUCCCUGCUGGUGUAAUGGUCAGGUGGCCCAAUAUUUUUGUCCAUGUAGUGUGUUGGUUGUAUUGAAAUGAAUGUUAUCUAAUAAAAUGCUGAAAUAUAGCUUUCAAUUGGGUACUAAUAAAACAGGCUGAUUACCUGACAACACAUAGAACAAUAAAAA